CUCAAAAACAAUUGUUUCUUUUAUUUUUUGAAUAUUUUUUUCUUGUUAAUUGUUUUAUUUUACCGAAUGUGAACAAUUUCGUGUAUUCUUUUGAUGGAAGAAAGAUCAAAACGCCGAAAAUCAACAGUUAAAUUUCAAAAAAGUUCAAGACAAUCUCAGAGUAAUUUGAUUCAUAAUCAAACCACAUUAGUUGGAAGUUACAUGAGUCUCAUGGAGAAUCAAAAGCUAGUGGUUGCCGUUCUACGGUACAAAACAAAUGAUGGUUCUAAGAUCAAAUUACCAGUUUUGUUCAAAGUGUCUUCUGAACAAAUUCCCAAAGAUCUUCGUCUUCUUGAAAUUCAUCGAGAUAAUCUCAUUUAUAUUGAGAUUGAUGGUUGUAAGCCCUUAGCCGCAAUGAUCGUAUCAGUCGGUGAUGACUCAGUUCAACUAUCUGAAAUUUAUCAGACUUUUAUAAAUAAAGAGUUGAAAUCUAAUCCAUCAUCCGCUGAGAAAAAAAUCUCGAAUUGGUUAAUUGUCGAUAAUAUUUCUAUUUCAAAAUUCGAAUCUCAAAGAUUACCCAUAACAAGUGAAGAAGAUCUUACUGAAGUCAAAAAAAGGAUUGAAACGCUGAAUAGUCAAGUGAAAAAUCAAUCAAGAAUAUAUCAAGAUCCUCAACCAUCCACAAGUGCUCAAUCUGAUCUGAUUCAAGAUGAUCUUUUUGCUGACGAUGACGAUGAUGAUUAUUUCGAUGAAUCAAAUUCAGAUUUGUCUCAUUCACUCAUACCUGAUCAACUGAAAGAGAACGAUUUUAUGGACAAUUUACAAAAGUUGAAAAGUCUCAAUUCUAGUGAGGUGGAAUCACCUCAAGAUAUAAAACUGAUUAUUGACAAAGUCAUUGAUACUUUUGAAUCAGUUUUUUAUUCAAAAGAAAUGAAAGAUCAACAGGAAAAAAACAUUAUUCAAGUUGAAAAGAAUCCUGGUGAGGUUCGAUAUAUUCCUGAAGAAGAUAAAACUUAUUCGAGUGGUCAAACAACAAUGAUUGAAGGUAUUCUACCAGUGUAUACUAACAAAUACAAAGCUGCGAUCUCGGCAAAAUCAAAAUCAGAAUAUCAACCAGCUGCAAUCAUUACGAAUAUUAUUCGAUUCGCUUUUCCUAAGCAUUGGCUAGUUGGAGUUACAGUUAAAGGCGCUGGUGGAAGAAAAUCUCUCAUUUCUAUUUGGAAUCAUCAAAAUCCAUUGGCUAAUCCGGGCGAAGGUCAAUUCAAAAAUGGCUUAGGAGAGAAAAGACUACGAGCUUUAAUUGAUCAUGUGGUACGAAAAGGAAAAUUCAAAAAAUAUGACAAAGCAACAGAAAAGUUUCUUGUUGGCUGUCUCGCUAAAGCGAUGCAUUCGUGUAGACCAAAGCCUAACUUUCUCAGCUCAGCUAUCAAUCUUGAUGAUAUUUCUGAUCCUGAUUCGGAUAUUGAUUCAGAAAUUUAUCAUUUGAAUAUUCGAAAGAAAGAAGGUUCCAAAGUGAUAAAUCGAUCCGAUCAAGCGCUGAGAGUAGUAACCAGAAGGUCUUCACGCUCUCAAAAACAGGGAAAUUCACCUCGUGAAAAAGAAUCAGUUCAGGAAAAAGUGCCAGAAGUAAAGUCAACAGAAACGAAUCAUUCCAAAGGAACACUUUCAACUUGCAUUGAAAAACUACCUGACCAUCAAGGUAAACAAAAAAUUAUUCCUCUACAUGCAGAUCCUAACCCUCCAAUAAAUCUUUUCGAAUCAGAAAAUGAAGAUGAAUCUACCUCAGGCUGUGAGAACGAAAAUCAAACAGAUGUUAGUGAGAAAAAUGGAUCAAGAUCAGCAGAAAUAAUUGAAGUUGAUAUGGGAAAUUCAAGAGAGAGUGAAGAGCCUGAAAUUAAUGUUGAACCGAUUUUGCCCAGCUUAAAUCCAGGCUCAGAUGGCAAAGUUUCAAAUAUUGUAUCUGAUUCUGAGAAAAAUUCUCCAGCUGAAUCUGAUUCACUUCAAACAUCGGAUGUGUCAAUAAAUGAUUCUGGAAAUCAUUCAAUCUCACCUGAAGAUAGGAGUCUCGAAGAAAAUACAAAUAUACCAACAGCUGAAGAGAAUACGGUUAACGAUCCUAUUCAUGAUGAAUCGGAUGGUGAUUCAUCUCAAAUCGGAGGAAAAAGAACCAAAAAUUGUGAUAAUGUGACAAAAAAACAAAGAUCUGAUGUCGGUGAUGCUAUUCCGCUUACUCAAGCUAUUCCUGAAAGUAUUUCAGAUGAAUCAAUUGAUUGCGAUGAUAUUACGGAAGAAGAUCGUGUAAUUUUGGCCAAACUCAAAUCAAAGGGUGUUUUGAGUAAAUUCUUCAACCGAUUGGCCAACAAUUGAAAUGUUGAGUAACUUUCAAAUAUUUUCCUAUUAUUCAGUACAAAUUUUUCAAUAUUGAAUUACUUAAACUCUCGAUUUUAAUCAAAAUCGAAAGAAAAGUAAAUCACAAAUAACAAUCGAAUUGUAUCAAAAGUACAAUUAUUUUCUUUUUCAAUUUUCUAAAAUUUUUUCGAUUAAUCAAUUUACAUUUACAAUUUUGUCUAAAGAAACUCGAUCAUUUUAAUUUGCUUUUACCCAAUUUUUUGUGCACAGAUCUUGUGAAAUAGAUCUUUUACAGAAAUGCUUUUUGUAGCUUUUAGGGAAAAGCAUCUUUGAUUGAUUUCUUUCCCAUGUUUAAUCUCGAAUCAAAAUAAACGAUUUUGAUCAAUA